CAUCACCAAAACGCAUAUCCAACCAUUCCCAAUCCACCCCGAACCAAAGAUCAAACAUCGAAAAUGCCCUCCCCACAAACCCUCACGAGUUUCCUCUCCCAAAACCUCCCCCAAAAAUCCCGUGCUCAACUCCGCACCUCCGUCCUCCCCACCCUCCUCACAUCCAUCACGCGUGUCGCGCAAUGUCUCCGCGAAUCCCAAGAUAUCCAAGCGGCAGGUAGCCAAAACACCUCCGGCGACACCCAGCUCAAUGUUGACCUCGCCACCAACGAGAUAGUCCACGCUGCGGUCCGGACAUGUCCCUCCAUCAUCUCCGCCUCCAGCGAGGAAGACGAAGGCGAAAACGCUGUGCAGCACGACGCUGGCGUGCAGCCCCACCAAGAAGGAGAAGAGCAAUAUGCCGUGGCUUUCGACCCGCUUGACGGGUCUUCCAUCAUUCCCGCGAACUGGAGCGUAGGCACCAUCAUCGGGAUCUGGGACGGAACAUCUGCGCUGCACCAACCCGCGCGGAAGAAGCAAAUCGCCGCUAUCCUAGGUGUGCUGGGGCCACGAACCACCGCCAUCGUGGCCAUCCACCUGCCGGAGUUGGGAAGUCCUUUGUGCUUCGAAGUCGGGCUAUCGUCUUCUACGGCAGACAUCCUCGUUAUCCGGGAGAGCGUUUCCUACCUAACCCCAGAAGCCAUAAAGACGCGCUACUUCGCGCCCGCGAACCUGCGCGCUGCGGCCCAGGACCCGAGGUACAAGGCGCUUAUCGAUCACUUCAUAGAGAAGGAGUAUACGCUGAGAUACUCGGGCGGUCUGGUCCCGGAUAUCUACCACUCCCUCAUCAAAGGCCACGGGGUGUAUGUCUCACCUGUGACGUCCAAAUCCCACGCAAAACUCCGUCUGCUCUAUGAAGUUGCGCCUAUAGCGCUGAUCAUAGAGUGCGCGGGUGGCCGGGCUGCUGAUCCUGCCAGUGGGGAGGAUAUCCUAGCAAAGAGUGUCGGAGAUGUGGAUCAGCGGAGUGGGUUGAUAUGUGGAACACUUGAGGAGGUGUUGAUGUGCAUUGAGAUGCUAGUCUGAGAGGAGAGAGUGACUGACAUUGUUGGCUGGGAGAGUGGAAAGUUGUGCAGGAAGUUUGUAUGGGAGACCAGAUCUCAAACACGCGCCCACAUAGUAUGAUGGCACCUGAGAACCUUUCAACUCAGCAGCCAACAGUAGGCAAAACUAGUCUAGCUCCAAACAAGCUGUUCGGAUGUGAUACACUGCCUGCCCGAAAG